UUUUACGACAGGGCAAGAGGAUGUUGAAUGGGGACAACGUGUGUGGCUGUAAAGGAAUCAGAACGUGUUUGUUGUGUGAACAGCUGCGUCCCAACGGAAAGCCUGACAGUGAGGUUUGUCGAAAGCCAUUCUCUUUCUGUAUAGACUGUGGGAAAGCAUGGCCAAAGGGAGACAACUCUAAGGCUCACCCAGAACAUGAAGGGGAAUCAUUUAAGUUUGAUGGGGUCCAUAUCAUCCGUGACUUUGUAUCAGCUGAGGAAGAAGAAGAGAUCUGUCAUGUGAUCGAGCAAACACCUUUUGUACAGUCACAGUCUGGGCGCAGGAAACAGGAUUAUGGGCCUAAGGUAAAUUUCAAACGGAAAAAAGUGAAGCUGGCAAACUUCACAGGUCUGCCUGCCUUCAGUGAAGUGUUGUUUGAACGAAUGAAGAGGACCAGCAUUUUGAAAGAUUUUAUUCCUGUUGAACUUUGUAACCUUGACUACAAUCCAGACAGAGGCUCAGCUAUUGACCCCCAUUUUGAUGAUUUUUGGAUCUGGGGAGAUCGCCUUGUAACUCUGAAUCUGCUCAGCGAUUCAAUAUUGUCCAUGACCAACGAGGAACAGCCUCAUGUCGAAAUUCAGUUGCCUCUCUUAAGGCGAUCUCUGAUUGUGAUUUUUGGGCCAGCACGACAGCAGUGGAAACAUGCUAUCCACAGAAAACACAUCACAAGUCGAAGACUGGCAGUGACCUUACGUGAAUUGUCCAGGGAGUUUUUACCUGGAGGGAGCGGAGAAGAAAUAGGAGCUGAACUUUGUAAAAUUGCUUUGACUUUUUCAGGGACUGCUGUAGGAAGUCCACCUUAAAACUAUAUGUGGUAGAAAUCAAUCUUAUUAAUUAAACUUGU